AUGCCAAUAGGCAAACGGUACCCAGUGUUGUUCAUUCACGACGAAGUCCUGAAAGCGCCUCCCUUUCGUGACGCCGAUGGAAAUGACUUCUUUGGCAACGGCGAAGACGAUGAUGAUAGUGACGAUGACGAUGUCGAAGAGGACGAUGACGAGUACGAGUACGACGACAUGAGCGACGACGACGACAGUUUCCAUCCUAUUUAUUUCCACUGGAUCCAACAGCCCCCGCUCACGGUCAACGUCCAUACCGCCAUCACGGUAGACUUCCAUUACAGAACUCCUGACACAGUUGUGCGAGAGUGUUCCAUAACCCUCGACAGGGAGGAAGGCAGCGCCGCGAGGCGUUGGAUUCGCUGGGAUAUUGGACGCUGCUGGGUGCAGACCAACACGGACAUGUCGGUGGAUAUCCCCAUACCGGCCAUCAUUGAAUCUGGGCAGUACACCAUCUGCUUUAUCAUUUGCCGCUGCGGUAAUCCUGAUGAUGUUGUGCUCUAUGCCCGGACGAAUUUGAUUCUACUAGAUUUCGCCACUGCCAUAUUUACAUAUAGACAGACUGCUGGUGUGAUCGAAGGGAUUCCAUUAGUUACUCUCGAUAGAAAAAUGCAGGACAUUAUUACAGCCAUGGCCAGGGGAAUAGGCGAAAAGGUCCCAGUGUUAUACUUUCGUCAGAAACCUCCGAGGCCACCGCGCUUUUUGGACAACGACGGAAAUGUUGUCUUUGGCAAUCCAAAUACGAAUGGUGGUGGUGGAAACAACAAUGGAAACAACAAUCAGAAUCCCGUUGUUGACAACGACAGAAACAAUGUCUUUCCAAACCCAGAUACGAAUAGUGGAGGAGGAGACAACAGUGACAAUACAGAUCAGACACAGCGCGCAGAAGUUGAACUCGAGUGGAUAAGCCACCCCCCGCAAGAAAUCAUCGUCAAUUCACCCGUGGAAUGGAGAUUCCGACUCAAUUCCCCACAACAAGCUGAAUACGAAUGUCUCCCAAUCUACUGCAAGUGGCUAGAGAAUGAGAAUGAUUGGUUUCCUGGAUACUUGUUCUCCUUCCGAGUUCAAACAAACACGGAGGCCACUUACACUUACGCUAUCAGAGCAACGGGGGCAUAA